UCAGUUGUGUACGUCCACGUUUUUUGGGAUUUUCCGUUAUUUGUCCACGUGUUACUGUAAUAUUCAUAGGUGGAAUCUGAGGAAAGCGCGGGAAAAUAAACAACUUCUGCUGGUCGGGUGUGUGAGUGGUUUUCCCUUCAAAUAAGAUAAGCUCCAUUAAUAGUAGAUGCACGUACGCAAUGCGAGUUGAAGUGACCACAGAUGUCAAGAUGUGAGGAUAAAUUCUCUAUGAGGUUUAUUAUCUUGUUAUAGUUGCAUCAUAUGACCGGGUUAAGCAAUAUCACACGAGUAAACGUGCUCUUUUCCACGAUUGCAAAUGUGAUAUUGCUUAUAUGCGACAGUUCAACAAACAAGACGGUAAUGCCGAGUCACAUAUUAGACAUUAUAUUGUUUGGUUUUGCUAUCCAUUGCUUAACAAUGAACGUAAUAUAAAUCCGAAGAAGAACACAAGGUGGUGUUUUGUUGCUGAACGAAUCAGCAUUUUUGAACAAAUCGUGCGAGUCAGUGAUUCAAAGACUCGUUGAUAAACACACUCAUUUGUUUCGUUUCUGAAUCAGUCAGCCGGUUGAAUGAACGAUUCAGUGACUCACUCAUUGAGACAAUGGCUUUCCUGGAUGUUUUAGUUUUAUAUUUAAUGUUUCCAAUCUUUUAUUAGUUUUCACACAAGGCCAAAAUUCAUUUGAAAACGUAAAAUCAGCAAAAGCUUGUCGAUUUUUGUGAUAAUAAAGGAGCCGGACGUGUGAGCGGAAACUGGCUAGGGUGGAGGGGAAGACACAGCAGAUAAAUAUCACACUUCAGUCCUGAGUGCUUUUAGACAUCACUGUUGUGGGUUUUCUCCGUGAAUGUUUUCUAUUACCGAACCAGUUUUGACGAGUUUGUCUUUUCGUGAGAUCCGUGGACUGAAACCGGUGAAGAUGUUUUGGGUCGUUUCAUUGUGUUUGCGUUUGUGGCAUCUGGUCGGUGCGUUUGGUGGUAAAGUGGAGUCGGUGUCAGAGGUGGUUGGAAACUCAGUCACUCUCAACUCUGAUCUUACUGAAUUGAUGGACGGUGAUGAGAUUCAGUGGAGGUUUGGGAAUCAAAACACUUUAAUCGCUGAAAUCAACAAACAGACCGACAGCACGACUGUAUAUGAUGAUGUUCUUGACGGGAGAUUCAGAGACAGACUGAAGCUGGACAAUCAAACUGGAUCUCUGACCAUCAUGAACAUCACAACUCAACACGCUGGGCGUUAUAAAAUACAGACCAACAAAAUAAAUAAGAGUUUCAAAAUCACAGUAAUUGGCGUAGAGGAGUCGCUGUCAGUGAAGAAGGGAGAUUCAGUCACUCUCAGCUCCGGUCGUACCGAAUUAACGGACGAUGAUGUGAUUCAGUGGAAGUUUUUAACCGAAAAUUCUUUAAUCGCUGAAAUCAACAAACAGACCGGCAUCACGACUGUGUAUGAUGAUGUUCUUGACGGGAGAUUCAGAGACAGACUGAAGCUGGACGAUCAAACCGGAUCUCUGACCAUCACAGACAUGAGAAUCACAGACUUCGGAGGUUAUCGGCUAUAUUCCAAUAUUAUGGAGAUUACGUUCUUCCUCGGUGUCCAUAGUGAAAUAUCAGCGAUGGAGGGAGAGUCAGUCACUCUCAACAAUGAUCUUACUGAAGUACGGAGCGGUGGUGUUAUUCUGUGGCGGUUUAAAAGUGAAAAUGCUUUAUUAGCUAAAAUCAGCAAUCCGAAUGCCAUCUUGGCUGUAUGUAAUGAUGAUGUUUUUGACGAGAGAUUCAGAGACAGACUGAAGCCGGACAAUCAAACUGGAUCUCUGACCAUCAUGAACAUCACAAUGAAUCACGCUGGAGAUUAUGAACAAUGGGCUAACGAACUGAAUGCGAUUUUCAGUCUCACUGUCUUUACUCGUCUGCCUGUUCCCGUCAUCAGCAGUAACUCCUCAAACUGUUCUUCAUCUUUUUCGUCAUCAUCUUGUUCGUUGUUGUGUUGGGCGGUGAACGUGGGUCAUGUGACUCUCUCCUGGUACAAAGGAAACAGUUUAUUGUCCAGCAUCAGUGUGUCUGAUCUCAGCAUCAGUCUCUCUCUACCUCUGGAGGUGGAAUAUCAGGAUAAAAACAUCUACAGCUGUGUGAUCAACAACCCCAUCAGAAACCAGACCACACAUCUGAACAUCAGCAGACUCUGUCACACGUGUUCAGGCUCUGAACACUGCUGUGGUUUUACUGAAGCUGUGAUCCGAUUGGUCCUCUCCGCUCUGGUGGGCGUGGCUACGGUCACUAUUCUUGUUUAUGACAUCAGAUCCAGAAGAAAUCAACGAGAUCAAAUACACGUUCACACAGCAGAUACGACGUGUGUGCAACAGAGCCUUUCUGAGAGGAGACCAGCGUCUGGUUCUUUUGAAGCUGACUGCUUGUAGAACCAAAAGUGAUCUGGAUGAAGACACAAUCAUCACAGGGAGGAACCUUUUAUCAAAUAUUGCAUGAUUUAUUAAUAUUAGAUCUGAUGAUUCUACGUUGUGCCGACCACAGCACUCGGGACUUUGUUCCUCCUUUCCUUUGCCUUUUCAAAGCAUUUGCUCAUUUUCGUUUUUUCGCUCCACAGUGAAAUUUCUUCUUUUAAUGCUGCAGCAGAUGCACUGUGCUUUUACUGUCUCUAUCUCUGAGAUUAUUGCACUAUACUGAGACUAAAACAAGUCUAAUAGUGCUGUUAGUAAUCCUA